ACUACGUCUCCUACUUCGACGAGCGCGCACCAACCGUUCGACGGAAUGCAGUCCCCGCCGCCGCCGGCUAAGCGGCGCCGGCGCUAUGCCAGGGACGAAGACGCGCCGGCCGCGGCGAGCGACGCCGACCGCCUCAGCGCCCUCCCAGACGACAUCCUCCACACCCUCCUCUCGCUGCUCCCGGCGCACGAGGCGGUGCGGACGUGCGCGCUGGGCCGGCGCUGGCGCGACGUGUGGAGGUCCGCCCCCGCCGUCCGCGUCACCGGCGCCGGGGGAUGGGACAGCGCCGCCAAGUUCACCGCGUUCCUCGACGGCCUUCUCCGCCGCCUCCGCAGCCGCCGCCGCCCCGGCGACGCGUCGCCGCGGCUGGAGUCGUUCGUGUUCGACCUCAACGAGAUCAACUUCGGCUUCGCGGGGCUCCUCCUCCCCUCCAACCACCUCCACCUGAGCCGCGCGAUCUGGCGCGCCGCGCGCCACGAGGUCCGGGUGCUCCGCUUCCGCCUCUUCACCUCCGAGCAACGCCUGCGGCUACCGGAUCUCCCCCUCGUCUCCCACCACCUCACGACAUUGGAGCUCGCCCAUGUCCGUGUCAACGACAGAGUUCUUGAUUUCUCUUCAUGCCCAUCGCUUCUGGAUCUGAUCUUGCACCGCUGCUACAUCGACGCUGUGCAGAUGUCAUCUCAAUCUCUGAAUCGUCUGAUCAUGACAGACUGCGCGUUCUUGGUGGAUGCCCGCACUCGGAUGUCGUUGCCGGGUCUCAUUGCCCUGAAGAUCACUCUGCUUUCGGGCAGGGCUCCAUUUCUUGAAAGCAUGCCAUUGUUAGAGACAGCAAUUGUGUCACUGCAUUGUGAUUGUGGUGAUAAAUGGGGUUGGACUGGCUAUACUAGGUCUGAUAAUGAUAAAAGCAUCAGCCGUUUGCUCCAAGGGUUGUCAGAAGCUACAAACUUGUGUUUGUUAGCUCAUCGUCGAGUGUGUAUUUUGAACGCAGAUUUGAAGUGGUGCCCUACAUUUAGCAAAUUGAAGAAUCUGGUACUUAAUGAUUGGUGUGUGACUUCUAACCUGCACGCAUUAAUUUAUUUUCUCCAACACUCACCGAUUCUGGAGAGGCUUACACUACAUCUUUCCAAGGUACGAACAUAUUCAUUACAAACAACUGAAAGAUACAAGCCACGAGAACAGUCAUUUGCAUUUGACCAUCUUAAGAAGGUUGAAUUCAUGUGUGAUGAGGUUGAUGACAGGGUUCGCAAAAUUUCCAAGAUCCUGAGUACCUAUGUCACACCACUCCAAGUUAAUGUGAGAAUAAGAUGUGAGUUAAUCAUACUCCUCAUGCUUCUUUUCUUCAAUUUGUCAAAAUAUCGAUAUAUUAUAACCAUGCAGUGAGGAAAAUAUUUGGGAAGCAAUUGUUUGAGAGAGGUAGAAACUCCCCAUAUUUCAUGAACAGAAAGUGAAAGACACCAUAAUCCAUGGAUCUAAUUAUCAAGCAUUAUGCAUAAGAAUAUCACAUGAUCAAAUUAUACAUUCGAGUAGUUUCGAGUUGUAUAAAGCGAUGACAUCACUUGGCGAUGUUCUGUGCAGUUUCUGUUCUUGCAAACUGUAAGCAAGCAUGCUCAUAGGCAAAUAUCAUCCUUUAUCCAGCCUUUGAUGGCAUUUGUAGUCAUCUACAUCCUGUUCAGACGUGCUCAUAUCUGAUCACAUGAUUAUUUAGUGAAUGUGUUUCUUCAUGUGGUUGGCGUGUAUUAUAUGUCACAUAUCUGAUUGGCUGUGGCUAAUAAUUUUUGCUUACCAAUGCAUAACUCGCGGUGUUUGGAAUGCAGGGUUGAAAAAACACAGGAAUUGGAAAACAUAGGGAUAGGAUAGGAAUGCAUGUACAAAACAUAGUAUUUGAAAAUGCAAGAAUUUCACAGGAAUGGAUGUUUGGAUAAACCAUAGGAAAAACACAUGAAACAACAGUGCAUACAAAGUUGAUUAGAGAGUUAACCAAUGCUCUUGUCCCUAAAUAACAAAUACUAAAUAAAAAGGUGAAGCUUUUUUAAGAGCAAACUAAAUGAGAAGCUUGAUUUUAGAUAAUGUAAGGAGAAGCUUGAUGACGCUUAAACUUUGCAUUAGUAGCAUCAAAGCAUUUGCCUCCAUCCUACGCAAUAAGAACGAAAACAAAGAUGUCAGACUGGAUGUUUUUCUCUGCAGUUCGACUACGAAAUUAGCAUUGUAGGAAAGUUUCCUCCAGUUUUCCUACGCAAGGACCCCCCAUUCCGAAUGGAUGAACAGUACCAUUUCCUAUGGGAAUUGGAAUCCUAUGAAUGACUUUUUUUAUAAAGCUGCAUGUUGAUCUAAAUAAAUUUCUUAAUUAUUAAUCACAAGUAACUUAAAUUCCCCAUUCAUAUCUACAAGUCUUGCAUUUCUUUGUCUUCAAUUUUAUACAGGUUUCAGCUACAAGCAGAGGUAAGAACAUCUGGCCUGUUGUACCUAUUAUCUUUUAGAUUCAUUUCGGUUAUUAGUCUUAUUUGCGAUGGCUUUACUAAAGGAAUAAAAUUGACUGAUACAAAGUUCUCCACUAUAUUUCUUGAAAGACCAAAGUUCUUCAAUAUAAUUGAUCACUUAACAUUUACUGUUUGAAAGAUACCUUUAUGGAUAAUUUGAAGUAAGUUGUUCAUUGUUGAUCGCAUACUGAAAGUAGUUAAUUUGAAAAUAUCCGGUAGUUGGCUGCCACAAAGUUAAUUGUUGAGACUCUUUACACUUUCAUUUAUACAAUCCGUGCUUAUGCAGAUAAGCUAAACUAAAGCGAUUCCUAAUAAAUUUUAGAAUUACGGUGGUUGAAAAUAUAUAAGUUAGAAAUUUACUGUAUCCAGUCUUGUAAAGGGAAAACAAUAACAAAUCCCUAUAAUCAAACGGAUUUUUUUACAGUAUCCAUUGAUCAAUAUCCAUCAAACUGGUGUCCCUAAUACUAUGCAGGAAGUCAGGAAUCAUCCAGAGCCCAUCUUGCAAUUUCUCUCUUGCGGUCUUGCCUCUUCUAUCUGCUUCAUAAACCGGAGAAGAUUUGGGCUGUUCAUGCAACUACUAUUUAUUAAUUAUUCAGCAAUGUAGAGUAUGUUUGCCGCUGUGCAAUUUUGCAGGAUAGUUUUAAGUUCAUCCCAAGUGUAUAUGUGUUGCUGUCUUGCUAACGACGGUUCGUCUCUUCUAAAUCUUAUGAUGAUUGGACAGGGAAAGUGCUUUCAUCCCUCAAGGGAAUAUCUCCUCGUUUCUUACAUGACAUCUAAAUAGUUAUAAUUUUUUUUAAAAAAAAGAAAAUGAAUUAAUAUGAGAUAUAUCACUCUAUAAACAUGCAAGUUUAAAUUCGAUCUCUAUUGUAACAAAAAUAACAAAUAUCCGGUGAAUGGGUGUUAACUAGUUUCAGUUUAAUUUUUUUUUUGUUAGUAGAAAACAAAUUUAUCCUUGCAUGAUUAUGAAGUGAUACAUCUCAUACUAGUAUAUCUUAUCAUUUUUUAAACUUUUAGAUAACAAUUUAUAUGAGAUGUAAAAAAACGUGGGGAUAUCUUCUCAAGGGAAUGAAAAUGCAUCUCUGAUUGGAUAUCCAUCUUUGACCAUUAAUUUAUUCCAUGAUAUAUUUCCAAUGAAUAUGGAAUUAACAUCAUAUGAAAAUACUUCAAAAUAUGAAUAUAGUAAUAUAACAUGUAUAAUACUUAGUAUAUAUAUGGUUAGUAUGAUUAUUAGUCAGAAGUUACUUAAUUUGAUUUUCACGCCCUAUAAUGUGGGAUAGAGGGAGUAUUAAAUUGUCAAAAACCUAGCCAAUUCAAAGCAGCCGAAAGCUUAAAAUUGUCCAAAGCCUCACCAUACAUCGGAUUGCUCUUCAAGUUGCUUCUUUUUCUGUCAAGCAUCACUGAAUACUCCAGUACAGGCUGAGUUGUUAAUUCCUUGAUUGCAAUUUCUUCUGUUCAGGUUUCAGUUAUGCCUGGACCUUGGGCAGGUUUCAGCCUCAAGCAUAGACCAUAACAAGAUUUUUGAUAUCUGUGGUCUGUGGACUAUCUGAUGGUUAUCCAGAAAAGUUGAUGGAUUACGAAAUUGUUAUGUUCCCAACUGUGAACUGUGAAGUUGCUGUCCUAUUACAACCUUGGGCAUAUGCUUGUCAGUUUCAUCUGUAGGAAGUAGGAAUGAACUAGAAAUUACAGAAAAUAUCUUGCAUUAUUAGCUCAUUUAUAUUUUUCAAGAUGGCUUUGUAUCAAGCGUACGUGCACACUGCUACAGAUCGACUACUUAAGUUGGAUACAUUGCUAGUUAUGAAUUAUGAUCUCUUUGCGGUUGUUGGUGUCUGGUCAGGAAAGUGUUUUCAUAUUCCCUCGUUUCUUUCAUAUCACCUAAAUAUGUAGUUACCAAAAGAUUCUUUUAAAAAAUUGACAGGACAGUAUAUCAUUCCACAAAACUAUAAGUUCUAAUUAGCUUCUACAAGUAUAACCGUGAAUAUAUGUUAAUUAACUAGUUUCAGUUUAACUUAUUUCUUUUACCAUAACAUGUAGAAAUCGAAUUUGAUCUUACAUGUGUUGUGGGUUGAUAUAUCUCAUAUUAAUAUAUCUUGUCAUUUUUUAAGUUUUUUUAUAACUAUUGAUGACAUAUAAGGAACAAAGAGAUGUCGGACGAAGAUCCAUCUUGGUGCCUGGUUUCUUUCCAUGCUGAUGCUGGAGACCAAAAAUAUAGUAAGCACUGUAUUUCACCAAUUUUUGAACUGUA